CUCUAACAAGAAUCGCCAGUGUUCCCACGUCUCACGCUGAUCAUCGAAAAGCCAAGUUUCAAAGCCCAUCCAAAACGGAUAUUUGAUUUUCCUCUCAUUUUUCUUUCGCAAGAAACUUAAAAAAACUGUCAACAUCGUCAGGUUCUACAAGAGCCAGGCCAUACAGCCAUCAUGAAAAACGGGAUCCAAUAUCAAGUGAAAGUAACGAUUAUCGGGGCACGUCAAGUGGGCAAAUCAGCCCUUACGGUUCGCUACCUAACGCGGCGCUACAUCGGUGAAUACAAGUCGCACACAGAUUUAUCGUAUCGGCAAAUUUUCUGCAUAGACGGAUCGAGCGUCGAAGUGGAAAUCGUCGAUGUCUCUAAUCAUCCGGAGGAUACGAGCGUGCCGACGACACGAGCCAAAAACAGCGACGCCUGCGUCGUUGUCUACUCGAUUUCCGACAGGACGAGCUUUGAGGCAGCACACGAAGCUCUUGUCGCCCUACAGACAAACAACUCGACCAGUUGUCAGCGAAAAUCUUUCGAGGACGACAACAAAGACGAACACGAAAUCAAUCUAUCCCCGCUGUCCGUACCUGUCGUAUUGUUGGCCAAUAAAAAAGAUCUCGGACAUCUAAGACAGGUCAAUGCGGCAGAAGGAAGGGAGCUGGCCAAACAGUUUUCGUGCGUUUUCUGCGAAGUCUCAGCGGCAGAUCCGGCCGAAAGCGAACCGGAAGACUUGGCCGACAUUUUCAAUCAAUUGAUCAAGGAAGCGCGCAGUUUCAAGAUCAGGCAACAGGACGCCAAUAACAACGCGAAUAACAACAACGGAAGCAGUCAUAACAACAACCGGCAGAGGAAGCGUUCCGUCUACAUCAUUAAUCGAAUGCUGGGAUCGCUAAUGGGACGCAAUUCAAUGCCACCUGAACUACCUUCUUCUCGGAAAGCAGGCACUUCUCAAAUGGCAUCUUCCAUGCCAAACGUGGCAGGUUCGUUCCGAUCUGUUUUCAAAAAACGGUCCGUCUAAAUGCCCGUCGCUCCCUAGUUGCCAUUAUAUUACAAGAGAUUUCACGCAAAAAAAAAAAAUACUCUUUUUACCUGAUGUCUAUAUCACAAAUUUGUACGUGCAAAAAAGAAAAUUGAUUUGGCAUUUAUUUUGAAAUUGAAUCAAAUUG